AUGGAAACGACGACACCACCUUGGAACGCUGUCAUCGCCGCGAUCGCUCCUUCGCCAACCCCACCCGCAGCCCCAACGUCACUGCUGGGCAUGGCUGCUGGCGCAUCGCCGUCGGGGAGCGUGUUGGAUGAAACGACCCAGACGACGGGCACAUCGUUUGAUGAACGCGCCGCAGCAGCACCCGCAUCCACCACGACCCGUGAGCACGGAUGGGUCAAGAACGAUGUACCGACGCUCAAUAUCGUCUCGGAAGGGUCCGAAUUGCCAGAGGUCAGUACAUUAAAUCGGGGUUGCUGGAUAUCGCGCGCGAUCGGCUUUUCGCUCAACACACACACACACCCCAAUUCACUUCCCUUGCCUCGAUAGGAACAGCAGUUCCAUCGAGUCAUCUCACUCACGCACAAUCCCCAUGAUGAGCCUACACCUUCCACCUCUGCAGCGCCCCACGAGAUCCUCAUCAGCCCGUCCCUCGUCGCUCCUCGCUCAACGAGCACCCCUGAGCCACCCUCCACGACCUACAACCACAGCUCAAGCACCAGCUCGACCCCACCACCUGCUAUUUCAGCACUUCGCUCCGACCCUAUUCGUCGCCCAAGUCCUCUCAAGCAAGAGUUAUACGACGAUGGAAAUAUCAGUGAACCGUCCUUCGUCAUAGAGGAGGAAAUCUCGGUGCAACUUGUCGUCGCGGCGCCGAUCACUUCAACCUGUACGGCCGCCGCUGAGGCAGCCAUCACGCCUGCUCGAGUCGCGACGUUGAAGGAGCAGGUCGUAGGUAAGGAUUCAGGAGGGUAUGCGCAGAGUCCUUGUGGUGAGAGUGAGUGCUCUUCUCUUCAUCACACUGCUGCGACGCUUCUACAGCGUGGACGAUACUGAUCACCACCUUCUUUUGGGACUCGUUCAUUCAACAGCACCAGCCGAUACUUCCUCUCUAUUCCCCUUCCAUCCCCUCUACACGAACCACGCCAUCACCCAAAGUCCCAACUCGAACGAUCACGAUGAUCUAUCCCUCAUCAUGAACGAAAGAGGAUCGUUCCUUCUCCCCUCGGAUGAUUCGCUCGCUCCGACACCGAUCAAGAAGAACAAGAGGGGGGAAUUGUCCGAGAUUUUGGAAGACGAAGAAGAGGAAGAGCGAUCGGCGAAUUUGAGUCAAUUGUUAAAAGGGUGGAGGGAAGGGAGUCCGUUGUCGAUUAAUUGGGGAUCGGAAUUGGGGAUCAGUACGAGGACUUUGGGAGCGCAAGAAGUCGGGGACGCGCGGACACCGAGUCGGUUGGGGACGGUCGAGGUUUUCGCCUCGACGACGAAGGAGUCCAUCAUGACAUCGCCUACGCCUGUCACACCUGCGCAAGCCGACGAGUCGAUGAUGGACCGAUCCAAGAUUGAUGACGUCGAGGAACUGUUUGAAAAUUUGGCCGAACAGGGGAAGGGAAGUGGGGGUGGAGGGGUGGAGCAUGGCGUGGAGAAUGAAUCGAUGCUUUCGUUGUUGGGGGAGCGGGAUGAGUCCAUUGGGGAGGAGAUGGUCGGGAGUGUGGCAAGGGAACCGACGCCUAUUCCCCUUCCUCAGACUCGGGUUCAAGAAACUCCUGCCGAUCAUUCAAUAACCACGCUCGAACACGUACAAGGCACAUGGUCGCAGCUCCUUACCGCCCCCUUGGCAUCCAGGCCCGUUGAACAAGAGAAAAGGGUCGAGGACGAAUCGAUCCUUUCCUUCGAAAUGAUGAGGGACGAGACGAUUGGGGUUAUCGAGGGGCAGCUCGUCGAAUCGCCUUUGGCUAUCGCGAUCGAGAGUCCGACGGGCAAGGCCGGGGCGGGGGCGUUCAUGGCUUCACCAUUAGGAACUCCGGAGGGAGUGAGGACGGUAAGACCUUUAUCACCUGCCGCGAGGGAAUCGACGCCCAGAUCGAAGACGGUAGCGGAGGUGCCUUUGUCCACGACCAUGGCAAAGACGGUGCCAACGCCGAGUCGAGGAUUGGAACGACUGAGGAACAAGAUGGUCGCUUUGCGGCUUGGGGCGUUGCAGACUCAGAACCAAGCCGGCGUUCCGCUGGGGAAUCCCAUCCCUUCCACCGCCGCCGAAUCCACCCACAAAUCCGAACCUGACGCCCUACCCACACCUUCGACCCCCGUCCGGCGUCCGAGACUUUCAUCGACGAUAUUGCAGACCCCGAUUGGAUCCAGUGCGGCGGCGCUGAGGUUGGAAAAGUAUAGGGCGAUAAACACGCCCAAGACGGUCGGGAGGGAUGAGGUGGUGGCGAUCACGUUGCCGACUGCGGAGGAGGGCAAGGGAAAGAACGAAGUUGGGAUGAGCGCGCCGAGGACACUGUCUACCACGAUGACGACCACACCGAUGAGGACAGUUUCCACCCUUGAUGCCAGCGCGAAAAGACACAAGAGGAGCGAGACGAUCCAAUUGACUUCGUCGGCGGGAAAAUCGUUGUUCUCACCUGCGGCGGGGUCCAGAACGGUGGCUGGGCCGGAGCGGGGGGUCGGGACGAGUCCUUUGGUUCGGAUGGCGGUGGCUGGGGAUAGGAGGAGGAGUCUGAUUGCUACCUCUACCGCUGUGCCGAGUCCGGUGAAGAUGAGGAGCCUGAGGGAAGGGGCGGCCGAAGAGGCGAGGCCGGUGAGGAGCUCGAUCACAUCGACAGCGACGACCGGUCGGGUUGGAACUGGCGCUGGACGGAUUGGGUCGACUACCUCAACGACGGCGACACGACAGAUUCCGUCGGUUCGAUCGUCGACAUACUCGACGACGCCGAGCCGAGUAUCGUUGCUUACCGGUGGUCGACCGACACCACGUAUCCCCACGACGACCACCACCACCACGACGCUGCUUCCGAACUGCAACGACCAAAACGUUGCACCCGCACGUAGCAUCACUCGACCUUCGACGACGUCUACGACGUCCAGUAGUCUCCUCCCACUCCGUUCUUCAGCCUUGUUGAAGACGCGUCCGACGUUCCAACCCCGGGUUUUGAAACCGUUGGUUUCUUCGAGGAAGCCCUCGUCGAUGACGUCGACGAGCGUUGGCGAUAAGAUUGCGACGGGGACUCGACCGAGGUUCGGGUUGGGGCCGCUGCCUGCACGAAGUACGACGAUAGGGACGGGUCCGGCCGGUGCAAGUGGUGGUAGUGCGGCUGUCGCUGGUGUCGGAGCGAGGAUGACGACUGCGGUUACGAGUACGAGGAAAACUCUGGCUCCUGUUGCUGGAGCGAGAAGCGCGGUAGGGUCGCGGGGGGCUUUAGGAUGA